AUGCACAUACACUACAAGAAUAUGUCUAUGUUCAGUAAAUACAAUACUAGUACUAGUUUUUUAGAUAGCAUAUGUUAUAUACAUUUAUUGUGUGCAGAAAAAUGUCAGUGCCCGAAAAUUUCACUUGGACGCGUAAAAGAACUAGCAGAACGCUUUGAAACUGAAAGUAUAAAAAACCUAAAAUUAUUUAAAAAAUUUGAAACACAAAAUGCUUUAAAGAAAAAACAAAAACAACCCAAAAUUUUUAAAGAAAAAGUUUUAUGUGAAUGUAAACAUGUUAGUGUUCUAGAGAAAGUAAAAUAUUAUGAAAAAAUAAUAAAUAAUAAAUAA